AUGGGGUGCAGGGUGAUUGACUCUCGUGAUGCUUCGACAGUUAUUCAUCCACCCACAGAUCAUUCACAAAUACCAGAUCCAAUUCAAGCAAAAGUUGAUGAAUUUAAAAAUACGUGCAAAAAACGUGCAAGAGAAGAAACAACACCAAUAUCCCAAAUCCAUCAACAAGAAUUAGUUAAAUGUAGUUUAAAACACAAUGACAUAUCAUUUUUACCGUCAUAUUCAUCAAUUGAUUCGUCAUUUUAUCGUCAACGAUUAAAAAAUUAUCCAAAAUUACCAAAAUCAGUGUCAGAUCUUACGUUAAAUGGAAAGUGGGGUACUGAUCUUCGUGAUAACGUUUGGUAUUUUGGUGGUACUUUGUCUGGAACUGAGCUUGCAAUCAAAUGCGGCAAAUGUGUUAAUACUGUAAAAUUAUCUGUUUCAUUGUAA